AGCCGUUUCACUGCUAAUUUCACAAAGGUACAAAUUCCAUUCAAAUCAACAGUUUUUCAAUUUGAUCACGAUCAAAUAUUAGAUUUGAAAGUUGAACGCGCAUUUGAGUAAUUCUUAAAACUCAUGGACAUAAAGGAAGUCAAUGUUAAUUUAUAGACUUAUUCUAUACAACGAUUCUAAAAACAAUAGGGACUAAAAUGAGUGGUCUACCAGCUUUUAUUUUUACCACCAUGUACGUUAUGAUAUGGAUUGGUCUUAAGAUCGUGUAUAUCGACGACAAAGUCCACGAAGUACUAGGAAUCCAAAGGGAUCUGAACAACACGCGGAAAUUGUUCACCAGGAGUUUGAUGUCACGCCAAGCGGCAAAACUGUUCGAGAUCAACAAAAUCGUUCUAGAUGGUCAAGAAAGCGUACGUCUCUGUGAAUGCCAACGAAAAGAGGGAACAUGCAAUUCCAAUUGUAGAGAAAACAACUGUACAUGUUUAGAUCUUAAACCAUCAGGAUUGCCCGAUGGCGCAACUAAAAGUAUCGCCAUUGAAGACGAGGAAAGGAACUCUUAGGAAGCCAAAGGCGUUGACAGGUUAGAGAAGGUGGCACACGAACGAAAGUAUAUCAGAAUAAAUGUAUUUUUGUAACUUUGUUAGGCAGUUGCCACACGUCUUCCUCGUGCCUGGCUACACACGGUACUAUACAAACAGUUCGUGUAAACAACAAAUAAUUUGACUAAACAGACAUUUGAAAAGGCUAGAGGUUGAUAUACCAACUUACAACACAUCAACAGUUUGGAGGUACAAUAAGUUAUGUAGUACAGUUACUUGAAUAAAUUUAUCAAGACAUGACAUUACGCCA